AUGACCCGUUGGCACUCAAAACCUUGCCCAUCCCCAAUCGUCUGGGUCGGUGAGGAUUCCGUCCCAAGAUGCAAAGCCUGCGGUGCUUCCGCUCAUGGGCAGCUCAAGCAGCUGAGAGAGCAUCCGUCUAACGCGGUUUCUCCGUUACCGCCCGAUGAAAAGACAGGGCAGCUAAAUCUCUACUGGCCAUCGAGCGUACAAUAUACCCGAGAGAAGACUGAAGUAUUGGCAGAAGAGAUUCGCGACUCUCUUCAAAUUUCCGACACGCCUUCAAGGACGCAACAGUCUCUCGUUCAUGGGCGCACUCUGGAAAGAGACGAGUUUCGGCUUAUAUGCCUCACGGCUGAGGAGAAGGAAUUACCAGUAGACGUGGUUCACCUUUCGUUGGAGACGCAUAACGAUGGCAAUUUCCCCGACUAUGAGGCUGUCUCUUAUACCUGGGGAGGGGAAGAUGGAGACGACACCUUGCGCCACCCAAUCUACAUCGGCGAGCACUGGGACAUUCUUCUCCAGACUCGCAACUGCUGCGCAAUGCUCCGCUAUCUCCGUCCUUCGAGGGGAAUACGGAUGAUCUGGGUCGACGCUGUAUGCAUCAACCAGGAAGACAUGCAGGAGAGAGGUGACCAGAUUGCCAAGAUGGGUCAGAUCUACACGGGAUGCUUUCAAGUCUUUCUCUGGCUCGGCGAUGAUAUAGCGUUCAAGAAGCCCGGUGUUCAUCCUCCACGGCUUCCUCUCCACGAGCUCGAAAACCUGAAGGAGCUCCAACUUCCAGCAAAGACAGAACCAGUCAACAUCCAAAGCCUUUUCGAGAGACGAUAUUUCAGCAGGGUGUGGAUCAUCCAAGAACUCAUCCUGCCGUCCCGCAUCGUCAUACCCAUCGGAAACAAGAUCUUUUGGGUUGACCCUUCCACACGCACGCACCUUGAACGUCUGCCGAGCGGCGACGGGCUAUGGAGGGAGACCGGAGUACCGUGGUUCCAGCAUGCAACCCGGGGCUCGGUCAUGCAGGAGAAUCUCUCCCAGUUCAUAGCGCUCACCUGGAAGAGUCAGUCGUCGGACAUCCGGGACAAGGUCUAUGGAGUAAUGGGCCUCUUCUCUAUGAAGGAGAGUAUCCAGAUCCGGCCCGACUAUGGAAUAUCUCUCCAGCAUCUCCUAAUCGGCUUCUUCGCCCACUAUAUCAUCAGCGGAGGUAUACCUGAGUUGCUCUUCCAGGCAGCGGGUGCAUCAGUUGAAGCCGGCAUGCCCUCUUGGAUGCCCCGCUGGAAAGGAGACGCCUGGGGGGACCUGUUUAGUAGCAACAGCGGAGAGUAUCUGAUCGAGACACGAACGAAGGAUUUUCUUACUGAGAUGAAGAGGUAUUUGCAAUCAGAACCGGAUUGGCAGUCCCGUGAGAGAAGAAUGGAAGGCGCCAAUCGGGGAAAUAACGUCUUUGACAGGAGGCCUUGGCACAAAGGUGCGACAGUAGACGCCGAUAAUGGGGCCAUGUCCCUCUACCUGACU